UCUGGAAAUACCCCUCUGGCUGGAAACUGACGGAGGACCAGGGGCCAGUGCUGGCAGGGGCGGUUCCUGCAGAGCUUAAGAAGGCCUGAGGACGGAGCUGGUGGCCAGAAGGAGACAGCCCCGACCAGCAGCGUCUGCUUCUCGAAGGAGAGAAGGAAGAGAAACCAACCUGAGCUGCUGCCCUGCCCCAGCACUGGCUCUGCGGGUGAUGGAGCCGGCUCCUCUCGUCCUCCUGCUCCUGGGCUUGCUGCGGGGCGGCAGCGGGCAGCCCAAGGACCAGCUGGUGGUGACGCCGCGGCAGCCGGUGGUGCAGUUCGGGGGCUCGGUGCAGCUGAACUGCUCCCUGGCCUGUGCGGGGGGCACGGUGGAGUGGAAGGGGCUGGACACCAACCUGGGGAGCGUCACCUCCUUCCCCACCCACAGCAUCCUGCACAUCAGCAGCGCCGUGGUUGCCAUGGGGGGCACCAAGAUCUGCCAGGGGACCUGCCACGGGCAGCGCUACCAGCGCACCGUCGACCUGAAGGUCUAUGCCCUCCCGGACAGGCUGCAGCUGGAAGCAGAGCCCGGUGCCCCGGGGCAGCCCACCAGCCUGCGCUGCUCAGCUCGGGGGGUGUACCCGCUGGUGGGGCUUCGACUCACCUGGUACCAGGGACACCGAGCACUGGAGGAGGCAGACUUCCAUGUGACAGAGACCGAGGAGGAGCUCUUUGACAUCGUGUCCAUGCUGCUGGUGGCCAGGGAAGAGGUGGGGAACGGAGCAGAGUUCAGGUGCGAGGUGACGCUGACCAUCAGGCAGGAGACCUUCACCCGAGUGGCAUGUGUGACCAUGAGCACUGGGGAUGUGAUGGAGCAGCCAGUGGCCACGGCCACCUCCUCAGGGAGCCCCCGGACAGCAGUGGCUACGAUGGGGACCCCCAGCACAGCCAGGCCUGUGACCAGCACAGCGCUGCCGCCAGAGUCACGUCCCCCCACCAGUGAUCCCACCACAGUCCUGACCACCACCCUGAUGGAACCUGGCGCUGAGACCCUCCUGGAACUGGCUGCCACCGCCGAGCCCCCCUCCACAGCACGCCCGGACCCCCGGGACCUCGUCACAGGCAGUCCCACAGCACGGGUGGCCACUGCCACCCUCCCUGGGACAGGGCCGCCAAUGGGGACGGUGCCCACCUGCAGCCUGAGGAUCUGGUCACUGCCCCCCAACGGGACACGGGGCAGGGCCCUGCGGAUCGAGUGCCACGCGCGGUGCUCCGGGAACGGCACCGGCACUGUGAGCUGGCUGCGGACCCCCGUGGCUCUCUCGCAGUACCGGGAGGAAGCAGCAGGCAGCAGCUCCACGCUGCGGCUGGACCGCGCUGAGCCUCGGCACCAGGGCCGCUACCAGUGCGUCCUGCUGGGCCACCGCUCCCCGGCGGCCACUCUGCAGCUGGCGGUGUCGGACGAUCCCUCCAGCGCGGGCCCUGCCAUCACCGCGGGGACCACGGUCUCUCUGUUAGGGCUGAUCAUGACUGGCAUCGUGUCUCAUCGCCUGUGGAAGCGAUUCAGGGCUCAGUACGAGCUGUCCUAGCAGCGGGAGCUGCCCGUGGCCACCCACAGCCUCCGGACCCGUCCCUGCCCGUUCUGCGCUCCCUCUCCUGGCGCCGGAGCCAGCAGCUGAUGGAGCCCGGCGGAGCUGGUGAGGGGUGGGACGCUGCUGUGGGACCCGGGCGAAGAGCAGACCCUGCCCCAGGACAAGUGCUCUGGGACCCCGAGACCUCCGAGCUGCUGCUUCUGAAGCUCCAUCCAUGCCCGCAGCUGCUGCGGCCCGGGAUGCUGAGGGGCUCGUGGGGGAACAGACUGCGCUGCUCUGGGACCUCCGAGCACCGGGAACCGCUUGGCUCCCGGGUGCGGGGCUCGGAGAAGCUCGUGUGCGAGUCCUGCGGGAGCGGAGAGGCUGGGGCUGCUGCGGGACACGGUAGACGGAGAUGGCUGGAAGGGAGAUGGGCAGAGACGGGGGGACGGG